GCCGUCUCAUUUUCUUUCACUUUCCUUUUCCUUGUUUUAUGCUGAAUUAAGCUCCCUCUCUUUCUAUUCUUCUUCAUUGCUUCAAUGUUGUUAAAAUUAUUUCAAGGCCUGAUUCACUAACACGACACCGUUUUGUUCGAUUAUUGUUGUUGUUGUUGUGUACACAGAUUCACCAAAGGUUGCAUAUAGCAGUGCAACUAAGACACAAUCCAUAUCCACCAUGUUAAUUGAAAUAGAUAAUCCUUCUAGUGUCAAAAGGCAGUUAGCGAAGCUCUUUGAGGAAUCUCUGAGGAAAACUGUCCCUGAUGAGCCAGAUGUAGUGCCCUUGGUUGAUGCUUGCGUUGCAAAAUCUGGUGUAAGAUUUGCUGAUUAUCAAUGUAAUAAUGCAAUGAGCCUAUGGGCUAAGGUGAAAGGAAAGCAGACAGGAUUUAGGGGUCCCCCAUCUAUUGGAAAGGCCAUCAUUGACAAUCUUCCGGCAUCCGAAAUGAUAGAAUCGUGCUCAACUGCCGGUCCCGGAUUUGUCAAUGUUGUCUUAUCAAAGAAAUAUAUCGCGCAGAGAGUACAGAAGAUGCUAAGUGAUGGUAUUGAUGCUUUGUCACCUCGACUCCCAAUCAAGAGGGUUCUGAUUGAUUUUUCCUCACCGAAUAUAGCAAAGGAAAUGCAUGUUGGUCACCUGAGAUCUACCAUUAUUGGGGAUACAUUAUGUCGAAUGCUUGAAUUUUGUCGCGUGGAAUGUGUUAUCCGCCGAAAUCAUAUUGGUGACUGGGGAACACAGUUUGGGAUGCUGAUUUCAUACCUCUUUGAAAAUUUUCCAAACGCAGAUGAUGUUAAUGAAGCAGCCAUUGGAGAUCUUCAGGCAUUCUAUAAAGCCUCGAAAGUGAAGUUUGAUAGUGAUCCUGAAUUUAAGCUGAGGGCACAACAGGCAGUGGUCAAGCUCCAGGGGGGAGAACUUAGUUAUCGCAAGGCAUGGCAACAAAUUUGUGAUGUUAGUAGGACUGAAUUUGACAAGGUCUAUCAACGGCUUGGAGUUCGAUUGGAGGAAAGGGGAGAGAGCUUCUAUAAUCCAUAUAUACCUAUGGUUUUGGAGAAACUGGAUAAAUUAGGACUGAUUGAAGAAAAUGAUGGCGCUCGUGUGAUAUUUGUUGAGGGUGUAAACAUACCACUUAUUGCUGUGAAGAGUGAUGGUGGCUACAACUAUUGUACAACUGAUCUAGCAGCACUUUGGUAUCGUCUGAAUGAAGAAAAACUCGAGUGGAUUGUAUAUGUUACCGACGUUGGGCAAUUUCAACACUUUGAUAUGCUAUGGAGGGCCUAUAGGCGUGCAGGUUGGCUGCCAAAAGAUGAAAAUGAAUAUCCAAAAUGUACUCACAUAGGUUUUGGUCUUGUUCUUGGGGAUGAUGGAAAAAGAUUCCGAAGUCGCAGCAGUGAGGUUGUUCGAUUGGUUGAUUUGCUUGAUGAAGCUAAAAGGCGCUGUAAAGUUGCCCUUCUUGAACGAGCUAAAGAUUGGUCCGAGGAGGAGAUAGAAAAAACAGCAGAGACAAUUGGUUAUGGGGCUGUUAAGUAUGCUGACUUGAAGAUCAACAGAUUAACGAAUUACACAUUCAACUUUGAUCAGAUGCUUAAUGAUAAGGGGAAUACCGCUGUUUAUUUGCAGUAUGCACAUGCUAGGAUCUGUUCCAUUAUCAGGAAAUCUGGUAAAGACAUAGAAGAAGUAAAGCGAAAUGGGAAUAUAGUGUUGGUUCAUGAAGAUGAACGUGCAUUGGGGCUUCAUUUGGUACAAUUUCCCGAGGCUUUUGAGGAAGCAUGCGUCAAUUUAUUGCCCAAUGUGUUGUGUGAAUACCUCUAUAAUUUGGCCGAAAUCUUUACAAAAAAAUUUUAUACGAAUUGUCAGGUUGUUGGGUCGGCUGAGGAAGCUAGUAGACUCUUGCUAUGUGAAGCAACUGCAAUUGUGAUGAGGAAGUGCUUUUAUCUCCUUGGUAUUGAGCCUGUUUACAAGUUAUAACCCAUCUGAAGGGGAUUCAAAUGCAAAUUUUUGCAUCUGACAUAUUUUUUGGUGCACAAGUAUUGGAAACUUCCAAAAUGGAAAAUUGUUUAAAUUAUCUAUUCUCUUUUCGUUUUUUUGUAUUUGAGGUUGAAAGCAGGAAAGUAGUGAAUGAUUGAUAGCAAUUUUACUGACAAGGUCCACUGAAAUUGGUUUAGAUGCUAUAUGAUGUAUAUUUCUUUUAAGGGUUUUAUAAGAGUUAUGUUGUAAAAAAAGUGAUUGUGUUAUGUUAUAGAGAUUUGUUUUGCGUGCCGAAGUUUUUUUUUUUGCUGCGAGCUUCACAAAAUGUUGUGU